UCUCCCCCAGAUCAAGGUGGUGAAGUUCUCCUACAUGUGGACCAUCAACAACUUCAGCUUCUGCCGGGAGGAGAUGGGGGAGGUCAUCAAGAGCUCGACCUUUUCCUCCGGAGCCAACGACAAGCUCAAGUGGUGUUUACGGGUCAACCCCAAGGGCCUGGACGAGGAGAGCAAGGAUUACCUGUCGCUGUACCUGCUGCUGGUCAGCUGCCCCAAGAGCGAGGUCAGGGCCAAGUUCAAGUUCUCCAUCCUCAACGCCAAGGGAGAGGAGACCAAGGCCAUGGAGAGCCAGCGCGCCUAUCGCUUCGUGCAAGGCAAGGACUGGGGCUUCAAGAAGUUCAUCAGGAGAGAUUUCCUGCUGGACGAGGCCAACGGGCUGCUGCCAGACGACAAACUGACCCUGUUCUGCGAGGUGAGCGUGGUGCAGGACUCGGUGAACAUCUCGGGGCAGAACACCAUGAACAUGGUGAAGGUGCCCGAGUGCCGCCUGGCCGACGAGCUGGGCGGGCUCUGGGAGAACUCGCGCUUCACCGACUGCUGCCUCUGCGUGGCCGGCCAGGAGUUCAAGGGCCACAAAGCCAUCCUGGCAGCGCGCUCCCCGGUCUUCAGCGCCAUGUUCGAGCACGAGAUGGAGGAGAGCAAAAAGAACCGCGUGGAGAUCAACGACGUGGAGCCCGAGGUUUUCAAGGAGAUGAUGUGUUUCAUCUACACCGGGAAGGCCCCGAACCUGGACAAGAUGGCUGAUGAUCUGCUGGCAGCUGCUGACAAGUAUGCCCUGGAGAGGCUGAAGGUGAUGUGUGAGGACGCUCUCUGCAGUAACCUGUCCGUGGAGAACGCGGCCGAGAUCCUGAUCCUGGCUGACCUGCACAGCGCGGACCAGCUCAAAACCCAGGCCGUGGACUUCAUUAAUUACCACGCCUCGGACGUGAUGGAGACGUCGGGCUGGAAGUCCAUGGUGGUGUCCCACCCUCACCUGGUGGCCGAGGCCUAUCGCUCGCUGGCCUCUGCGCAGUGCCCGUUCCUGGGCCCGCCCCGCAAGCGGCUGAAGCAAUCCUAAACCCCGCAUCCCUCAUCCCGAGCUUUUCUGGAAGCGGCCCCAGCCGCCGCCGCCGCCCAGCCCUUGAGCAGCGGGGAGCGGGCGAGACCCGCGGAGCUUGGACUCUGCUGUUGGGGGGAAGAGGCCGCUCCGCCUGACAGCCGGACUUUGUCCAGC